AUGCGAGCAGUGCUUAUGUGGACUAUAAGUGAUUUUCCUGCUUACGGGAUGUUAUCGGGAUGGACUACGCAUGGUCGGUUGUCGUGUCCGUAUUGUCUUUAUCGUGAGAUCCCUUAUGCACAUUUGACGGUGCAUGAUAUCAUUGCACAGCCGGGCCGAGAGAGACUUACUAAACUAGAUCCUGAUCUUCCGCCGGGUGCACAUUGGUUUGGCAUUCAUAGCAAGGUUGACCGCACGGUUUCUGAUAUUAUCAAGUCCUACUUUGUGGAGCCUCAUUGCAAUCUCACCCAGCUUUCACAGCAUACCAUUGACACAUGGUUCAAAAUAUUUGCGCAACGGUAUGACUGGGAUGAGAAAGACCAUAGCGAGGUGGAGAGACUCUUUACGGAGAGAGUGAAGCUUCGACUUAUGGGCACGGUUUCCGAUUGGAAGAAAUCGUGGAAAGUCAUUGGCGAUGAUGCAAAGCCUAUUAGCAUGGACCCUGAGGUGUGGAAGGGUUUGGUGCAAUACUGGUUGAUUCUGCAUUCGCAGGAGGUUGCGGAAAAGUGUUCUAUUUCUCGCAAUGCGACUGAUUCAGAGGGUCAGAAGAAGGUUUUUCCUCAUACAGCUGGCCAAACACCAUUUGGAGGCUGCCGAGAAUGGAGGCGAAUUCCCGUCAUGAGAGAGGUUUUCGCGAAGUGUCAUCGGAAAAAGGAUGGCGCAUUCGUUUCUGAGAAAGCCGAGCAGCUCUAUAAUGAAGUUACUUCAAAGGUUGCUGAGCGAGAGACCCAACUAUCUCCCGGAGGUUCUUCAGUUCAAUCCGGAGGGUUGACUACUCGUGAGAUCGAUCAAAUCUUCGAGGAGAAGGGAAAAGUUGUAGGGAUGGGAUCUAUUAGAGACGUCCCGAGUGCUUCGUCAUCCGCACCACACCGCCGAGGACCAGAAGAUGAUCCAGUCGUUCUACGGGCCAAGAUUGCAACUUUAGAGGAGUCUCAAACCGCAUAUCACCAGGAAGUUCAGGAGGAGCUUUUGGAGUAUGACUCCAUCUUCGAUAUCAUUGCCCUCUCAAUCCCAGAUGUUGCAAAUGCCUUGUGA